GUCCUUUGGCAUCUGAGGCGGCUUCAGUGCCCUCCAAGCCCUCAAGGACGACGGCGCGUCUGGAAACUAGGGCAAGGUCGUCGCAGAGGCCAUCAUCCGGCAUCAGGACAUGAGCGCCGACGGUGCCAUUACUAUAUCGGCCAGCCGAUUCAUGUCGCGACGCUGUAUAAUAACCUUUGUAGGCAUUCGCUUGCAAGUAGGUUUGAGAGAACGAGCCAUGGGAAUCCGCGGAGGGAGAUCAAUGAGGCGUGGCCGAGACUUGGUUGGUGUUCUUGA